ACAUAGUCAACAUACAGUCCUACCGUUGUAAUGCCGUAACUGCACGAACCGGCGCGCCUCCGCCCCAUAGGAAAAAAUGUUAGCCGUCCCGCCGCCACCGUUGCCGCACCUAUCCGCCACCUCAUCUUAUCCCAAAUAUCCCCUCCGCCGCUCUGUGUGGACGAGACGGGCCGGUUUCGGCUUCUCAGACUCCCACCGCACACCUCCUUUGAUAGCGGCGGCUGUACGGGAGGAGGAUGGCUUUACCAAAUACUCCAGUUACGUUUUCGACCUCAAUCCUGCCGAGGAAGAAGCGCUUACAGAGUACGACAUCGAGAAAAUCAGUGCGAUCUACCAGGACAAGCCGUUCCUUGUGUUGCGACGACUCUUCCACAUAGUGUCUACGCUCGGCAAAUGGUUCUCCCUCAGAUACGCCGAUACAAUUACAGAACGAGUCGAUGAGAUGUUCAAGAUAAGAGCUGAGGAACUGAGGAAGAUACUAGUUCAGCUUGGUCCGGCAUAUGUUAAAAUUGCACAGGCUGUCUCGUCUCGGCCUGUAAGUAAUCCUUUCCUCUUCUAGUUUCCUUUCCAUGAAAUCUUACAGAAUACUUGAUGCCUUUCCUAUGUGUAUACUUGUUGAUUUACUGCUAUAGGACAGUAGUUAAAAUAACUUUUAUUGGUUCAGAAACAUAUAUUCGAUUGAUGAUGAAACCUACUCAAAGCUCUGCAUGGCAGCUUCACAUCUAGAUCUUAAGUUGACAUUCAGCUAUUAAUUAAUUGUUUCUUUAGGAACGCUUUUUGAAAAUAUAUCUUGGAAGGUUUUGGAGUUAUGAUAUAACAGAGACUACCUGGACACAUGUCACAUGACCCAGAGAAAUCAGUUUUAUUUUAGCCCCCAAAGAUCAAUUGAAUCUUAAUGUAUCCCUAGAAAAUAUAAGAUGGAAAAGGAA